AGCGUCUCCUCGCGUGAUGAGCAGGCAGUAGGUCGCUCUCUCAGGACUCUGCUGUUCCGCACCAUGGUGUUCGCGUGGCUGCUGCUCUUCGUCGCCCUCGGUGGGCUCCGGGGGGGCCGCGGUCUGCAGGAGGUUGACGUGUUCCCCUCCCGUGGUGGAGAUAUCCGUGACUUCACCGUCGCCGCACGCUGGGUGUACGUCGUCACCGGCGACUACCUGUACCAGCUCAACCUCAGCCUGGGGCUGCUUCACAGUCUGACACAGAGAGCAGAAGACAUAGGGUCCUCGGUUUUUGGACGGUUUAACAGGACUUGGGAGGGGGGCGCGUCCACUUUUAGCGUCAAUACCUUGGCGCCACUUGUGGAGCGCAACCUGUUGUUCACCUGCGGUACGCUGAACUCCGGCUAUUGUGAGACGCUGAACUUGACGGACAUAACUCAGAUAAUAAGGGGGGAGUAUUUUGAAUUAAGUCCUGCUGUGCCAAAAGGCAUCUCCGUGGGUUUUGUGGUUGACGUGAAUGGAAAGUCUUACAUUUUAGCUGCUGCUGAAGGAAUGAACGACACAAGCUUUGGGGAGUCUCCAAAAAGAUCGCGAAUUCGUCUUCAUAACACGCAUGAUGGUCAGUUUGGAAAUCUGCUCUCGGCCAUAGACGGUAGGGAUAGCCCCGAAAUCGUUGCGCAUGCUAAAGGUGUCCAGUUUGUGGAUGGCUUUCAAAUCAAAUCAACUAUUUUUAUUUUUUCAAACUUAAAUUACGACGCCCCUAAAGUUCGUCUACUUUGGUUUGCGAACAAAACAAGCAAAACCGAAACGUUAAGGUCCCUGCGAGGUGCGACACUCGUCUGCUGUGAAGGUGGCAAAGCGCGCCAGAGACUCGUUUCUUCCUCGGUGAUUCCCGGGGACCAACCGGUCCUCUGGGCAGGGAUAUUUGCCGACCAUGACGUCACUAUCACGGAGCUCGCCGUAUAUGACGUCAGUCCGCCAACUGAUGCAGUGACCUACACGGACCCAGACUUCGGCUUCAAAGGAAAACCUGCGAAGGGUGACAAGCCUAUCAGGCGGAUGCCAAUGCGCGUGCUGCUGAAGCAUCGUUUCAUGACGUCGGUGCUCGCGGUCAAGCUGAACAACUGGCUUAUCGUCUUCAUCGGCACCGGAGACGGUCAACUGCUGAAGCUGACGGUGGACGCCAAGCUCCAGGCCCAGUGUCUCAGCGUCAUCUGGAAGGCCCCCGACGACCGCCGCGUCUUUCCCAAGAUGCACCUGGACCCCGUGGGCCGCAAGCACGUCUUUGUGGCGGUUAGCGACAAGUUGAUGCGUGUUCCAGUGUCUCAGUGUGUCCAACACAGCAGUCUGCAGUCCUGCUGGAACGCCGGCGACCCGUACUGCGGCUGGUGUGGAGCUCUGAGACGAUGCAGCUUUGAGGACGAGUGUCCAUCUUCUCUGUGGCUGUCCGUCCCAGAUGACCUCAGCCAGCGGCGGAUGCUCUCCCACAGCUUCCAGGAAGACGCAGAAGGAAAGAUCAGUCUGGCGGUCUUCACUCACCUGAAGAGAGGUGGAGCUCCUGCUAACUUCUCCUGCCGAUUCGACUCAAGCGUCGGAGUGCUGGGAGGACUAGGGCAUCAAUACCCAGAAUGCACCUGCCUGCUGCCUCCUGUGAUUGGCCUGCGUGUGAGCGUCACGGUGAGCCUGGGGGAAGUGGAUGUGACUGAAGAACUGAACCUCCUCAACUGCUCUGGGAUCACCGGAGCUCCCACUCCCCUACUGUGUAGCCAGUGCCUCGCUGCCGGGUGUGGGUGGAGCAACGGGGCCUGUACGUGGACACGCAGAGGAGCUCUGAAUAUGUCCAUCUGCCAGGGUCUGCAGACCGGGGUUGACUCUCUGCCAGAGAUAUUCAACAUUACCCCGACUGAGAUGUCCUUCUGCGGUAAAAACAACGCGGUGCUGACGGGAAGGAACCUGGUUCAUGCGAUCGGAGUUUGGUUUCAAGGACACCUGGAAUGCAGCGCGAAAGACGGGAAGAGGAGGAUGAACAUCACGGUGUCCAACCUGAAGUUUGUCAAUGAGGUCAUCCACAGCCACACAGAUGAAAGGGUAACCUUCUCCGAGUCAAGCGACCAAUCUCUGCAGUUCGUGAGCCUGGCGGCAGACCGCGACCCCUUCAGCAGCACUGUGACCCUGAGGGUAGCCAAUCACACGCUGGCCUGCCCCACCGCCAUCCGCUACCUGCCAGAACCCCAGUUCACCGACUUCAUCUCCGCGCCUGCGGCGGACCACCUACGGCUCACAAUAGAGAAAAAGUCAGAUGAGCUCCAGAUGGCCCCAGAGGACCUGCGGGUGAAGGGCGUCCAGGGCGGUGAAGACCACGACUGUGUUAUCACAAAAAUCGAACGCAGCAGCGGCACCGACUUCAUCACCUGCGUCAUCCAGAUCUCCUCUGAUGCGGAGAUAACAGCAGUGAAGAUUAUGUAUGGAAACACAAUUUACCUCCUGGAGCUCCCCUGGCCCUUCUGGGUGCACAUCCUUCUUCGAUUAAUUAUCGUGAUGUUGUUCGGUCUUACAAUGGGGGGGUUUAUCUACUACCUCCGGCAGAGGAGGCUCACCGCUCAAAUGAACAUGAGUCCCGGAGACCUGGAGAUGGAGAUCAGGGAGGAUGGGUUCCUGGCGCCCCUCGACUGAAGCGGGACAGAUGGCGGGAAACCACUUCCUCUUUUGAGGGUCCCUCACUCUGGGAGGACAAAUCGGUGGUGGGGUUUGUCUUCAGCAAAUGGUUAUGGGUCCUCAAACACCUCAUCAAAGACAUGCCUUAGCAUUUUUAUAAUAUUCAUGAUGUCGCUGUUCCGUAUAAAACGCAAAGUUUAAAACAAAAAUAAAGUGAAACUUUUUUUUACAACAUACUAUAUGGGGUGUGUUUUUAUCGGCUUUGUGGUUUCCCUUUCCUGGACUUGAGGAACACAACCUUGAAGAUAGCUUGUUCUGCACUUAUGCAACCAAAACACUUGUUUUAACUUUUGCCAUGAAUUUAAUGUAACAGAAAACAAAAAUUCUUUCAUUUAAUUACUCACCAUCCCCAUGAAUCAGGGACGCCCAUAAUCUGAAAUGGAAUUCUAAAACAAUUAAGCAACUUUGUGUAACCUUAACCAAAACAUUUUCCAACAUGUUUGAAACCAAUUAUAACCAAAUAGAUUAAAAAAUCCAGAAGGAUGUUGAAAGGUGGUCAACCCUCCCUUUGCAUUUCAGCUCCUCAAAACCAAUUGAUAGCAUGGGAUAAGAUGAUCUCUAGGUUCAUUUGGAAUGGCAAAAAGCUCAGAAUAAUACUUCAGAGUUGCCUUAAAGUAAGAGGGGAAUGGCCCUAAGAAAUCCUACCAACAUAUUUAAAUGUAACUCAGAGCUCUGCCCUGUUGGUGUACAACUAUUAUUUUCUAAACCUUUUUUGUUCAUCAUUUUGUAUUAUUAGGUGUGCACAGAGUAUCUAUGCAAUGACUAUUGUAUUUUUUUGGUAUUUUUCUUAUUUUCAUAAUGUCGUUGUUCUGUAUAAAACGCAAAGUUUAAAACAAA